AUGUCUUCCUCUCCAGUUCAUGAUUCCAGUCGUAGCGAAUUUGACAAUAGUGACAUCCAAAUAAUAUCCGUAAUUACUGCCGAUACACGUAGGCGAGCACGUACACCUGAAGUGAUAGUCAUUGAUAGUGAUGAUGAUAUGAAUACAGCGGAGAUAAUACAAGCAACCAGAGUACACUGGCCCCACAUGCCACCUAAGCGGAUGAGGCGGAUGGACUCAGAGGAAAAUCAUGCGAGUCAGGAUAUGGUUCAUAUGGUUGGGAAUAAUGAAGUAGAGAAAACGAACGAGGACUCGGAUAUAGAAAUACUUGAUAUGGAUCAGAGUAGUGAAGCAGGAGUAGUAAGCAUGGACCUGGAUACGGAAAUACUUGAGGGUAGUAUAAAUAUGGAUAUUAGUAGUGACGACUUUGAAGAAGUGAAGAAGAGAAAGAAUGAAGAAAACGAAGAUUCCAAUGAUGACGAUGUGGAGGAUGGGAAUAUGAUUGAUGUAUCGGACAUAAAUAAUGAGUGGAUGUCUGGUGAUGAAGAAAUGUACAAAAGUAACGAUAGUGAAACGAUGGAACGGGCGCCAUUACGUGACGGUCAAGUGACAGAGGAGAUAUUAUCACGUAAUGAUGGGGACUUGGGUGGGAACAACCCUUCAUCAUCAUCUGUUGUUGAAACGAGAGACAAAGAUGUUCCCAGCAGUGCC